CACCAUACCGUCAGCCUGCGUGAUAACAAUAAACAACCCUGAACAGAGAUAUGCACCAACAGGAUCUCUCGCUGUAAUUCGAUAGAAACGAAAAUGAGCCGAAACAGCAGCCGUCGGCUGGAGUAACUCUUCCUCACGUAGCACAAGAGGCACUUCCGUCCUGACACUAAGGAUUUUCUAGUUUCUGUGGAGGAGAACUAGAGUUACGGUGAACUCCGCGCGUAGCCCUCUAGCUAGCCGCGGCUCAUUCCUUGUUUUUGCACACUUUGUUCCAGCCUGUUAUGCAGUUACCAGAGGACUGUCAUCGCUUUCGGUCUCCUCAGCCUCCUCUUCGCUCCCUCUCCCCGCUUUCUCUGGCCCCAUGUCUCGCUGGCUUUUCCCCUGGUCAGGCUCAAUUAAGAAACGGGCCUGUCGCUACCUUUUACAGCACUACCUGGGUCACUUUUUGCAGGAGCGACUGAGCCUGGACCAGCUGGGUUUAGACUUGUACAACGGCAGCGGGAUCAUCAAGGAAAUCAACCUCGAUGUGUGGGCAGUCAACGAGCUCCUGGAGUCUCUUGGAGCUCCCCUUGAGAUAGUGGAUGGCUUUGUGGAGAGCAUCAAGGUGACCAUCCCCUGGCAAGCUCUCCUGAGUGAUCAUUGCACCUUAGAAGUUUCUGGUCUUCAGAUAACAUGUCAACCCAAGUACAGAACCAAUGGGGGUUGGGACUCACAAGGUUGGUCGUCCAGCAUGACCUCCAGCAUGCAGCUGGCUAAGGAGUGCCUAAAAGACCCUCCAGAGGCGUCCGAGGAGCCGCCUGCUCCACUGGAGGGCCUUGAGAUGUUUGCACAGACUAUUGAGACGGUUCUUCGUCGUAUCAAAGUCACUUUUCUAGACACUAUCGUCCGCAUUGAGCACCAUCCUCCAGAGCUGAGAACAGGUGUUGCCUUAGAAGUGCACAUCAAACGGCUGGAGUAUUUUGAUGAAGCAGUGAGAGAUCCAUCCAGCCAGACUGCUGUGCCUGUUGACAUCCACCAGCCCCCUGCCUUUCUGCACAAGAUCCUGCAGCUGAGCGCAGUUCAGCUCUUCUGCGACGGCACUGGCAUGGGUCCUCCUGAGGAGCAACAUCAGAACCCUGCCAUGGCCUGUGAAGGAGAGGAAGUGGAGGAUGGUGAUGAGGAUGAAGCUGAGGACCCCAAGUCCUUGAAAACCAGCUCUAGUCCUCCAUCUCAGCCGCUGCUCAUAGGACGCUGCUCCGGUUUCAUGGAAACCACCAUCAAGAUCAAACAGAACGACAUGCUUCCUGGACCAAAGUUGGAGUUGGAUGGGAAGGUGGGCUGUGUCCACUUGCUGCUGUCUCCGGAUCAAAUAACCCAUCUGACGGACCUUCUGGCUGCCCUAUGCAUCGACACUGAGCCAGAGACGACGUGUGGUGGCGGGAGCAGCCGUCCUUUGGACUCGGUCGACUUUCGGAUGAUUGAGGAAGACCUUGGUAAACAGCUGGGAUCCAGUCCCAGGGAGAGGGAGUGGGAAACCAAUCUGGACCUGGAGCCAUAUGUCACCAGUCUGGACAGCAGAGAGAUGUUUUACUCCAUGGGUCCUGCUGGGAUGAGCAGUAGUGUGACGUCUGUUCGCUCUGGCAGCGAGAUGUCGGACAGCGACAUGGAGUCGUCCACUCACAGCUUGACCGGCCUCACACAGCCGGCCGCUCUGUCUGCACAGGGCUUGGCGAACUGUCCCAGGAGAUAUCCUGUAGUCGGCUGCCUGCCGAGUCUGCCACAGUCAGGUCGGAUCAGAGGUAAAAUCAGCGCAGAGCAACUGAAGCCUGACGCUUUGAUGAGAGUGACCAUCGGCGGGCUCACGCUGACCCUGCUUGAAGAAAACCCACCCUUUAAGUCUGACGGAGCCUCGUCAUUGGCUCAGGUGUCGCAGACGUUCUUUGAAAGGCUGGACUCCUUUAAGGACAGCAUGUUCAGUGACAAAACCUUCAACAAUUUGAGGGUCAGCUUCACCAAAGCCUGCCCACUAUCCCAUCUCAGACUGACAGGAGCAGCAGUGCAGGUCGUGUGUGAGAUGCGCAGUGGGAAACGCCGCGGUCAGACUGUGACCUCUGACCUUUCUUUCAGCAGACUGGAACUGCUAGAAUGCCUCUGGGAGGAUGAGAAGCCUCAGUACUGUGAGUUACUGCAGUUCCACAAGUCUGGUGUGUUUACAGCUGGAGCUGUAGCCAGACCGUGUGCUCAGCUACACUACAGCCUCACCGAAAAACUCCUGCGUAAGGGUAAACGGCGCGUGUUGCGGCGGGACAGCGUUGUACAAGUGGAGCUGGCAGAGCUCAGCGCUGAGAUGGACCUGGACAUCCUGAGUCGCCUGGGAAGCCUCAGCAGAGCCUUCAGCCCCGGUUCAUCCCACAGCUCUGGAGCUGGACUCACACAGACCCAGAGCAGUGAGCUGAGCUCUUCCUUCACCCUGCGCUCCCCCAACGCCGUAGUCCGACUCCGUUUUCCCAUCCCGGACCUGCGUCCCCUUCCUAAACGUCGACCGCCGACCCAGAAAGCAGUGAGGGAGGAGACGUUGGUGCUGGAGCUGAUGGAGCUGGAGCUGAAGCACCAGGAAGCCCCGGACCUCCAGAACGAGCGGGCCGCCCCCGGACAGCCCUGGGGUCCCUGUCUCACCCAGCUGCUGGAGGCCUCCUUCACCGACAUGCACGGGUCAUACGAGGGCUGGGACGGAGGCUCCUUCCCCUGCAUCAGAGUGAAGAGAAACCACGACUCCCUGCCAAGGAUAUGUGUUCGUGUGCGUGGAGGUGAAGCUCAGUGCCCAUCAGCAGGUCUGAGUGGGAUGAACCUGGGCCUCGUGAGGGACCUGGGGACCACCUUUGAAAGUCACUGUGAAUUCAACGAGAAACCCAGCUCUCCCUUUUCUUCAAAUCGCACCAUGUUUGAGACCGAGGAGAUGGUGAUUCCAGCCGACCAAGAGGAGAUGCUUCAGUUUCAGGAGCAGUGUGUGGCUCGGUGUCAGUGUGCAGUGGACAUCAGCUUACCGCUGGCCUACAUCCUCCUGCCCAGCAAACAGGCUUUCCAGAGCAUCUACAACAGGAUCAAUAACGAUCUUUUGAUGUGGGAGCCGCCUCCCCCUCCUCCCCCCUCAGCCCACAGCCCCGAGCAGAGCCGCCAGAGCCACGACGAGUUCCAGCUGUGCAAGUCGGCCUUCAGACUGGACUCCGAUUCAGAGGAGGACGAGCCUCAGUUUUACUUGGCCAAUGAAUCAUCUGGAAGGAUGCAGCAGUCAGCUCCUCAACCCAGCCACAACCUCAGCCUCCUUUCCCUCACUGUGAUUAUCGAGAAGGGGCGCCUCCAUGCCAGAACUGACAGGAAGGAGGACCAAACUUACGGAGAGAUCGUGCUGGACCUUGAAGGGGGGAAGAUUUUCAGUGUGGCGCAACAUCAAAAUGACCCCAAUCUCAGUUUCCUGUGUCUGGAGAGCAAACGAGUGGAGCUGUACCAUCAAGCUGUGGUGAAGAACACCCCCAUCCCUGAGCGGUUGGACAUGCCUAGCUUCUCUCCCCCGAAGCACUUGGACCCCACCAUCUACCCCACAGAGGUGGGGGUGAGCAGUGUGAGUGGGAGGGAGGGGCAGUCACAGAUGUUGUCCACAGCCAUCAAAAUCACUCUGGACCUGGAUAGAAACGUCAAGGAGUUCUUAGUGGCUCUUCAGCUCCAAGGUGCCACCAUACAGCAUUACAUGACUCAGAGCAACCAGAGCUGGCACGAGCAGCUGGUCGAGUUUCUGGAUGUAAUUGAUGAUCCAAUCCUGGGAUACACACCACCAGCCAUCAUCACUGUCCUGCACACACACCUAGCUACCUGCGCUGUAGACUACAGGCCGUUGUAUUUGCCCCUGCGGGUUCUGUUCACAGCAGAGUCAUUCUCACUGUCCACGAAUAUCAUCGUAGACACGGCCACCUUCCACCUCAGAUUCAUUCUGGAUGACUCGGCUCUCUACCUCUCUGACAAAUGUGAGACCGACACGGUGGACUUGAGGAGAGAUUAUGUGUGUGUUCUGGACAUUGACCUGUUGGAGCUGGCCAUCACCACGUGGAAAGGCAGUGACACCGGCAAACUGACUCAGCCUCUCUUUGAGCUCCGCUGCUCCAACAACGUGGUUCACCUUCAUACCUGUGCUGAUUCCUGUGCUGCCCUCAUCAACAUGUUGCAGUAUCUGAUCUCCCAGGGGGACCUGCAUCCCCCGCCCCGCCACUCCUCCCCCACUGAAAUCGCCGGACAGAAGUUACCUAUGUCGGAGAGUCCUGCAUCUCUGUUGCCGUUCCCUCCUGCUGAAACCGCAGAGAUCAACCAGUACGACCUGGCUGAUGCCUUAAUUGACACAGAGAAGAGCCACAGAGAAGACAGCACAGAACCAGGUUCACCAUCAGUGCCAAGAGGCUCGCCUGUUUCCGUCUACUUGUUCCCCGGUGAAGCCUCAAAGCGCAUCCCUGCUGGCUUGCAGAGGGAAGACUCUGACCUGGAUGGACUGGUUCCCACGGCGAUGGAGGCACAAGCAGAUAUGAUGUCAGACGAAGGCUCUGAGGGAUCCACCGACAAUGAUGACUUCUGCAUCCUAGAGGCUCCCGGCAUGGGCAUACCUCCCCGGGACGGGGAGCCCGUGGUCACUGUGCUUUCUCAGGGACCCAUCAGGGUGAAGGACAGUCACUUCUCCAGACCUCGAGGCAGCUCCGACCUGCUUCGGGCUCCGAGUGGUUUCCCAGUGCCACACAGCAGGGUGGUGCUUCGGGAGAUCUCUGUGGUGUGGCAUCUCUACGGGGGGAAGGACUUUGGCAGCAAGCCGAUGUCCAUGCACCUUCAGAGCGUCAACAGGGGUCGUUCAGCCCCUGCUGGAGUUCGCGCAUCCCUGUCUCGCACCGCCACUGCUGCCCGCCCACAGAACUCCUGGCGUUGGACUGGAGGCAGUGGCCGUCAGCACACGCUACUGAUGGAAAUCCAGCUCACCAAGGUGUCCUUCCAGCACGAGUCGUACCCGGUAGCAGUAGUGGGUCAGGACGGUGAGGGGGCGGGGCCUGCUGGCGUUGGGGUGCUCCCCAGUGGCGAGCAGCCUCUUUGCAGGCAGGUCUUCAUCGUCCAGGAGCUUGAAGUUCGGGACCGUCUGGCCUCUUCACAAAUCAAUAAAUUCCUCUACCUCUACACGAGUGAGAGCAUGCCCCGCCGAGCCCACUCCAACAUGCUAACUGUGAAAGCCUUGCAAGUAUUACCAGAAUCUGGUCUGGGUGGUCCUGAGUGCUGUCUGCGGGUCAGCUUGCUGCCGCUACGACUCAACAUCGACCAGGAUGCACUUUUUUUCUUGAAAGACUUUUUUAGUAAUUUAGCUUCCUUUGUUAACCCUUACCUGCCUGUGGACUCUGCAGCUGAAGGAUUUACAUGUUCAUCCACAGUAAAAGCAGAUUCCUCCCAGAAGGGCUGUAAAGAGGCGGACCCAGCUGCUGGUCUGGGACUGGACCUCACUGCUUCAGUGGAAACUACCAACAGCGAACAGAGCUCUUCCUCCGCCGGCUCCUCAUCCUCCUCCGAUCAGCCAAUCUACUUCCGGGAAUUUCGUUUUACUUCUGAAGUGCCUAUCUGGCUCGACUAUCACGGCAAACAUGUCGUCAUUGAACAGGGAACAUUUGCAGGGAUUCUAAUCGGUCUGGCUCAGUUAAACUGUUCAGAGCUGAAGCUGAAGAGGCUCUGCUGCAGACAUGGUCUCCUCGGUGUGGACAAAGUGGUUCAGUACGCCGUCACCGAGUGGCAGACUGACAUCACCAAGAAUCAGCUGCCGGGCAUUCUGGGAGGUGUUGGUCCCAUGCAUUCAGUGGUUCAGCUGUUCCACGGAGUGAGAGACCUGUUCUGGCUGCCCAUAGAGCAGUACAGGAAGGACGGACGCAUCAUUCGGGGUCUCCAGAGGGGGGCGGCAUCUUUUGGCACUUCCACAGCGUCGGCUGCACUAGAACUGAGCAACAGACUGGUGCAGGCCAUCCAGGCUACAGCAGAGACAGUUUACGACAUCUUGUCUCCCACGCCUCCCCUGAGUCGCUACGCCAUCACAGAAGGUCGGACCCCAUCCAGUCGUCCCCGGAGAGCUGCUCAGCCCGCAGACCUCCGUGAAGGAGUGGCAAAAGCCUACGAUACCGUCAGAGAGGGAGUGAUUGACACGGCUCAAACCCUGUGUGAUGUAGCGUCCCGUGGCCACGAGCAGAAAGGCCUCCCCGGUGCUGUGGGCGGAGUCCUGAGACAGAUCCCACCCACCGUUGUCCGACCCUUGAUCGUAGCUUCCGAAGCAACCUCCAACCUGCUGGGCGGCAUGCGGAACCAGAUCAAACCAGAUGCAAGAAAAGAGGAUUUCCUUAAGUGGCGUAUUGAGGAUGCACAGGAAUGAAGACAGUGUGUGUGUGUGCGUGUGCGUGUGCGUGUGUAUACAUGAAAAAAUGAUGUGGGAACCAUGUUGAAUGUGGACAUGCAUACAUGGACUAAUGUGCUCUGAUGCAAAAACCAACACAGACUAAAGACUACUGCAGUUACUGACAGUGAUUCUGUUUCUCCAUCAAACACGUGUGAUUCUUGUUCAUCAGUAAGAACCGUCCUGGUUUGUCUUCCCUCGGUCUGCAGAUGAUCCUAGUGUCUGUUAACAUAUCGCUGCUUUCCUUCAGCCCACCCGUGACAGAUUGUUGACCCUUCGUGUAAUUGAGAAUCCAGCUGCUGACAUCUGUUUGUCUUUUGAUUUAAGCAAUGACUCUCAGCCCAAAGCUGAUGCUUUUCCAAAGUAGGUGGAGAAUGAAAAUUGCCAUGAGAGAGAGAAGAUCCUUCAGUGUGUUUUUUAUUUUACUGUUGCAAUCUUUUGAAUUUAUUUUGAGCAGUGACUUUAAAUUCUGCUAAAACAGCUCCACCGGCACAGAAAUAAAUUCCACCGUUCUCUUCUGUUUAGUUUUGACCCGGCUAUGCACCUGCUCCUCUUACUGCUAUCACUGGUGCCAUAAAUUCCACGCGGAGUGACUUUUUUAAAACUUGUUUGUGUUGGCUUCUUAGCGCCUCGUUAUUUUUAUUUUGAGAGGCACUAUAGAAAAGAUCUUUCUUUCUUUCUUCUUCUUCAAACCCCUUUCCUCCUUGCUAACUGUGUGACUUGUUCAUACAAGUCUGACUGAAGAGAAACACACAAAGCCUCUAAAAUCUGUAGCAUAAUGGAUUUGUGUUUGCAUCGGUAGAUCUCAACUCUUUUGGUCAUAAAAUGUCCUGAAUUGACCAUUUGUCUUCUCAGAGUUUCUUUGCCCACAUUUUAGAUGCCUUCCUGCACUAUUUGUUUUUGGUUUUGUUAAAGCGUAACUACUAUUAUUGUACUCCAAAUAGAGUCUGGGAGGAUUUGAAUCUGUUGAAAUUAGAGGAAGAAUUAUUUUGGGAAUUGACAUUUUUACCUUUUUUAUUUUGUGUGUGUGGAUGGAUAUAUGUGUGCGGGGGGGGGGGGGGGGGGGGGUAUUUCCAUCUGUAUGUAUGAAUGACCAGGUGCGUGCUUAUGUGUGUGUGUGAUGCACGUCUGUGAAGGUGACAGGUUGAUGCUUCUUACACCACUUGUGUGUAAUAUUACUGUCAAAUUGUAUGAAUGACCUGUAUAUUACAACAAAAAAAAACAUACAAAUUAAUGCAAAAAAAUAAUAAAAAUGUUUAAUAUAAAACUGAA